GGUAACCCCGGUACUAUUUUGUCCACUUACCUGUAUUCCUCGCAGCCAAUAGCGUUUGUUAUGUCGUGGUAAUAUGUGAAGAUUUGUGAAAUAUAAGAAGUAUUUAUCGGUUUGGUGUGAAAUAAUAUAUAAUAAACGUUUAAUUUACAAAAUACUAACUACCGUGUUUAUUAACUAAACAUACAAUAUAUGAUUGACAUGUGAAAUGUGAUUUUUUUGGUUUUUGGCCGUUGGUCGUUCUCAGAAAAUUGCGUAGAAAACAAAUAAAUGGCUCAGCAUAUACUUUCGGCGGUCGAAUCAGAAAUAUCGACAGCGAAAAUUAAGGGCGAUCCAACCGAACGAGAUUUAUGCGUCACUUUAGACGAUCGAGACCUGUGGGUUCGAUUCGAAAGGUUCACCAACGAAAUGAUCGUCACGAAAAAUGGAAGGCGUAUGUUUCCUGUGGUUAAAGUUUUGGUAACGGGCUUAGACCCUAAGGCGAUGUAUACGGUCCUUUUGGAGUUCGUGCAAAUCGACAACCAUCGUUGGAAAUACGUUAACGGGGAGUGGAUACCUGGUGGAAAAGCCGAAGUUCCCCCAUCCAACGCUAUUUACAUUCAUCCCGAGUCGCCCAAUUUCGGGGCGCACUGGAUGAAAGAAUCAAUUUCAUUUGCCAAAGUUAAACUGACAAACAAGUGCAACGGGAAUGGACAGAUUAUGUUAAAUUCUCUACACAAGUAUGAACCAAGGGUGCACUUAGUACGAGUGGGAACCGAGCAAAGGCGAAUUGUCACGUUUCCAUUUCCAGAGACGCAGUUCAUUGCAGUAACUGCCUAUCAAAAUGAAGAGGUGACCACGUUAAAAAUUAGGUAUAAUCCUUUUGCUAAAGCAUUUUUGGAUGCCAAGGAACGACCAGACACAGUAUACAACCAAAGAGACUGUGGUGCGUCCUAUGCCACGCAGCAAACUGCGCAAUACUCUCAGUAUGGCUCUUGGUUGCUUCCUCAUCAAACUGUAUAUCCGACAUCAGCAGUUACAUUUACAACCUGCGAGAGGUAUCCAUCAAGGUCAACGAUGCGUGGUAACCGUUUUGCACCGUAUCCAGUUGUGCAACAAAGGCCUAAAUCAACGUCCGUCUCUCCACCACCGAAUGUUUACAAUCCACCGGACCACGUCCAACAGCCGACAUCAUACACAUCAUCAGCUCCCUCAUCAUACUCCAGCUGGGCUGCCGUUCAACAGCAAACUCCACCAACCGUAAUGAGUCCCGCGAUUAACUGCUGGUCGCUAACAUCCAGUCCGCCACCUCCACACCAACUUUCAACACCGACCUCCCCAAAUCAAUCACCAUCGCAUCAAGUUUACCAACACCCGGCGAUCGCAAACAUUACAAAUCUAUCGUACCCAGCCUACUACAACCAAGACAUCGCUUACGCGCACUAUCAAAAUUCCGAAUACAUACCCCUACUUAAUUCCGAAAUAAGUUACAGCGCGAUUCCGACCGAAAGGGGCCUUUCCGCAUAUCAAGAUGAAGGUGGUAGCAUGGAGAAGGUGGAAUACGAUGGACACAAUGUCGCGGAAAAUCAGUCGCAAUCUCCUAGCUCUGCUUCCGAUUCUAGCACACCAGUGCUAAGAUUUGCGCUUAGUUGAUGACCGGCUGAUUGUUUACGAUUACAUGUUUGUUUGUAUUUUAGUUUACGUAAAGAAAAAUUAAAGUUAUAGUUCUUGUUGA